AUGAUUAUUACAACCUUUUUUAAAAAUACUGGAACAAGUUCUUUGGAUUUAAAACUAAAUAAUAACAUAAAUAUAUUUGAACUCUAUAUUCUCGAGUCGACACCAGACAACAAACAAUCACGUCUCUGGAGAUGCGAAUGUUCCUUUAACGUCAAGGACUAUCGUCGUGUUAUCGAUGACACCACCACCGUACUCAAAGCCGAUGAGUAUGACCGUGCCUUGGCAGAUUUCCAAAAGGCUCACGAAAAGAGUCCAAACGAUCACAACAUUAUGGACGGUGUUAGACGUGCACAACAGAAACAAAAGCAAGCCAAACGUAAAGACUAUUACAAGUUGUUGGGUGUCGACAAGAGUGCAUCACCACAAGAGAUUAAAAAGGCAUUCAAGAAGCUUGCACUCGUGCAUCAUCCAGACAAGGGUGAUCAAAGUGAAGAGUCCAAGAAAAAGUAUGUCGAAAUGACAGAGGCCUAUGAAACACUCAUCGACCAAGAAGAGAGUGAUAGAUACGACCGUGGUGAAGACGUCAAUUAUCCAAAGGCCGGCCGUCAACAACAACAAGGAUUCGGAGGUGGUUUCCCAUUCGGAGGUGGUUUUGGAUUUGGUGGUGGCGGUGGCGGUGGUCAUCAUCAUCAACAACAACAACAUUUUACUUUUAAUUUUGGUGGAUUUGGUCAUUAA